CUUCUCCGUUUCCCUUUUCCAAAAAUCAGUGAGAAAGAAAAUGGCAAACUCAAUGGCGACGUUCUCGCGGAGGCUGUGCCGCUCUCUGCUCCCAAACGCUAAGCCGGGCACCCAUUACCUGUCCUCUAUGUCCUUGUGCACCGACCACCUCUCUCACUUGGACGACUCCGAGCAGCUCGCCCUCAACUCCGACACCGACGCAGACCCCCCAUUAUCUCAACAAUCUUCGCCAUCGCAAACACCAAAAGAACGCACGGUAUACGAUCGCCCCCUCGAGAACGGCCUCGAUGUUGGCAUCUAUAAGGCGAUAUUGGUGGGGCAGGUGGGGCAGAGGCCGUUGCAGAAGAAGCUGAGGAGUGGGAGGACAGUAACGAUGUUUUCGCUCGGGACAGGUGGGAUUCGCAACAACCGGAGGCCGUUGGAUGAUGAGGAUCCAAGGGAGUACGCCAAUCGGUGUGCGGUACAGUGGCAUCGGGUUUCGGUGUAUCCGGAGAGGUUGGGUGGGAUUGUCAUGAAGCAUGUUGUACCUGGUUCGAUUCUAUAUUUGGAGGGGAAUCUAGAGACCAAAAUCUUCACUGAUCCGGUAACUGGUCUUGUUCGACGUGUAAGAGAGGUUGCCAUUCGUCGCAAUGGUCGCAUUGUGUUUUUAGGUAAAGGGGGUGAUGCACAGCAAGCAUCACAAUCGGAAUUUAAAGGUGUUGGGUAUUACUGAAAGUGUUGCUGAAGUUGGAAUAAACGAACGUUUAUUUGACAGAAACCAAUUUUGAGGCCUGUAAUUAUGUGUUGAUUUUGCUUUUGAAAUAGCCAGGAUGGAGGAAGAAAACUCGUAGGAAGCGCUCUGUUUUGGAAGGCAUGAUGGGUUGGGAAAUUAAUUUCAUAAUAUUCAGUAAUUUAUUUGUCAUUACAUCAGAUCUUGGAAGUUGGAAUGGUGUUGUGAGAGAAGUUCACCUUCUACUUGAUUGUGAUAUUUCAGGUUUGGAUUUUAUGAUGUCAUGAAGAUAUUCAAUGCUUCUCUCUUGGAUGAGA